CUCCUUAAUUACCCUCACUUGCAUCAUGAGCGAUACACCAGCAGAUUCUGCGCCUUCGAGCGCUCCUUUGAGACAGCCCAAGAAGAGGUUUGUCGGCCGACGGACUGCAGAUGCCCAGGCACAAAAAGACACCCCCAAUGCCCAAGAUGUCGAGUCGACCAGUAUACAAAAAUCCGCCCCCCGGCGCACACCCCGAACCCUAAACCAAGUCCCUCCUGAAAUCCUCGAAGACCCCGAAAUCAUCGCCGCCAUCGAACUCCUCCCGCGCAACUACUCCUUCGAGAUCCCCAAGACAAUCCACCGCAUCCGCUCCUCCGGCGCAAAGCGCGUGGCGCUCCAAUUCCCCGAAGGUCUCCUCAUCUUCGCGACCACCAUCUCCGACAUCCUGACACAGUUUUGCCCGGGUAUCGAAACCCUCAUCAUGGGCGAUGUCACCUACGGCGCCUGCUGCAUCGACGACUACACAGCACGGGCUCUCGGCUGCGACCUCCUUGUCCACUACGCCCACAGCUGUCUGAUCCCCGUGGACGUCACCAAGAUCAAAACCCUCUACAUCUUCGUGGAUAUCAGCAUCGACACCACCCACCUUAUCGCAACCCUCGAGCGCAACUUCCAACCCGGCAAGACCAUCGCAACCGUCGGCACCAUCCAAUUCAACGCCACCCUCCACGGCCUUAAACCCGUUCUCGAGCGCGCCGGAUUCAAGGUUCUCAUCCCACAAAUCAUGCCCCUUUCCAAGGGCGAGAUCCUCGGCUGCACCUCCCCCACCCUCUCCGCCGACGAAGUCGACAUCCUCCUCUACCUCGGCGACGGCCGCUUCCACCUCGAAUCCGCCAUGAUCCAUAACCCAGCCAUCCCCGCCUACCGCUACGAUCCCUACUCCCGGACCCUGUCACGAGAGACCUACGUCCACGACGAAAUGCACACCCUACGCCGCGACGCAAUCAACACCGCCAAGUCGGCCAAGAAAUGGGGCAUCAUUCUCGGUUCCCUCGGCCGACAGGGAAACCCUAACACCAUGGCCAUGAUCGAGAAUCAUCUGAACGAGCGCGGAAUCCCCUUCGUCAACCUCCUGCUUAGUGAAAUCUUCCCUGGAAAGUUGGCCUCCAUGUCCGAUGUCGAGUGUUGGGUGCAAAUUGCCUGUCCCCGUUUGAGUAUCGAUUGGGGAUACGCGUUCUCGAGACCCCUCUUAACACCAUACGAGGCUUUGAUUGCCCUUGGUGUGAAGGAAAGUUGGGAUACGGCGAACAACGGCGUCUAUCCGAUGGACUUCUAUGCCAAGGAGGGGUUGGGACGGACGAAACCGAGUCAGGCUAUCACUGCAUAAGGGUUCUGGUUUUAUAUAAAUGAAUGGCCUGGUGAGGAUAAUGAUUUCAAGUGAAUAUUCUGCAUGAUGCAUAUGACUAUAGAUGUUCUGAUUCGGGUUCAGCCGAUCAUGGACUGGGCUGAGAUACAAAAGCUUAUGAUUAUGAAAUAGAACAUGACGUAAGGGUAUGAGGAAAAGAUGCGUCUAUUUCCAUUCGUGUAAUGUUACAUUAAGGAUCCUAGAUCGUCCAAGAGAUCAUGAGCCCUUGACUUCAUCCGCACUGUCGGUGUUGAGAUCGCUGGCACUCCCGCGCCGAAGCGCGAGGAUGCUCUUGCUAGCGAGCUCGUCGGCUGUACGUUCCGCGGCGCGCCAUCUCGUGACCGCUUGUUCGACGUCCUCGAAC